GAGGCUUGUCCCUGGGCAAACAUCUAUCUGUAGGCAGUCACUGAGAAAGUUGGAAUCAGGCCUGGCUGGGGAGAGGAAGGCCACCCCCUCCCCUAUUAUCCGGAGCAGAGUUUCCAAUCCCAGUCAAGCGGUGGUGCUAGCUCUUUGCUUCUGAGUCUCUGCAUUUCCUAAUGUCAUGGUCAUAACAGCCUCGGAACGGAUUCUACCCAAACCGAAACACAAGGCUCCUGGUCAGCAGCCCUGUGACGCCAGGGGAGGCCAAUGCCCCCUCUUCUGCCAUUGUCUAGCAUAAGAAGGCAGUCCUGGGCCACCUUCUCAAGCAGGUGGCCCAUCCGCUGCUGAGCCCUCUGCGUGCGCGGGGAGCCGAUCUGUACCUCGCCGGCUGCCACUGACCAUGACCAUGACCCUUCACACCAAAGCCUCGGGAAUGGCCUUGCUGCACCAGAUCCAAGGGAACGAGCUGGAGCCCCUCAACCGCCCGCAGCUCAAGAUGCCCAUGGAGAGGGCUCUGGGCGAGGUGUACGUGGACAACAGCAAGCCCGCUGUCUUCAACUACCCCGAGGGCGCCGCCUACGAGUUCAACGCUGCCGCUGCCGCCGCCGCCGCCUCGGCGCCGGUCUACAGCCAGUCGGGCAUCGCCUAUGGUCCUGGGUCCGAGGCGGCCGCCUUCGGUGCCAACAGCCUGGGGGCUUUUCCCCAGCUCAACAGCGUGUCGCCCAGCCCACUGAUGCUGCUGCACCCGCCGCCGCAGCUGUCGCCUUUCCUGCACCCGCACGGCCAGCAGGUGCCCUACUACCUGGAGAACGAGCCCAGCGCCUACGCCGCUGUGCGCGACACUGGCCCUCCCGCCUUCUACAGGUCCAACUCUGACAAUCGACGCCAGAAUGGCCGCGAGAGACUGUCCGGCAGCAAUGAGAGGGGAAACCUGACCAUAGAGCCCGCCAAGGAAACUCGUUACUGUGCUGUGUGCAACGACUAUGCCUCGGGCUACCAUUACGGGGUCUGGUCCUGUGAAGGCUGCAAGGCUUUCUUUAAGAGAAGCAUUCAAGGGCAUAAUGACUACAUGUGUCCAGCUACAAACCAAUGCACCAUUGACAAGAACCGGAGGAAGAGUUGCCAGGCCUGCCGACUGCGCAAGUGCUAUGAAGUGGGCAUGAUGAAAGGCGGGAUUCGGAAAGACCGCCGAGGAGGGAGAAUGCUGAAGCACAAGCGUCAGAGAGACGACUUGGAAGGCCGGAAUGAAAUGGGUGCUUCCGGAGACAUGAGGGCCGCCAACCUUUGGCCAAGCCCUCUUGUGAUUAAGCACACUAAGAAGAAUAGCCCUGCCUUGUCCUUUACAGCUGACCAGAUGGUCAGUGCCUUGUUGGAUGCUGAACCACCCGUGGUCUAUUCUGAAUAUGAUCCUUCUCGACCCUUCAGCGAAGCCUCCAUGAUGGGCUUGCUGACCAACCUGGCAGACAGGGAGCUGGUUCACAUGAUCAACUGGGCCAAGAGAGUGCCAGGCUUUGGGGACUUGAAUCUCCAUGAUCAAGUUCACCUUCUCGAGUGUGCCUGGCUGGAGAUUCUGAUGAUUGGUCUCGUCUGGCGCUCCAUGGAGCACCCGGGGAAGCUCCUCUUUGCUCCGAACUUGCUCCUGGACAGGAAUCAAGGUAAAUGUGUGGAAGGCAUGGUGGAGAUCUUCGACAUGUUGCUGGCUACGUCGAGUAGGUUCCGCAUGAUGAAUCUGCAGGGCGAAGAGUUUGUGUGCCUCAAAUCUAUCAUUUUGCUUAAUUCUGGAGUGUACACAUUUCUGUCCAGCACCUUGAAGUCUCUGGAAGAGAAGGACCACAUCCACCGUGUCCUGGACAAGAUCACAGACACUUUGAUCCACCUGAUGGCCAAAGCUGGCUUGACUCUGCAGCAGCAGCAUCGCCGCCUGGCCCAGCUCCUCCUCAUUCUUUCCCAUUUCCGGCACAUGAGUAACAAAGGCAUGGAGCAUCUCUACAGCAUGAAAUGCAAGAACGUCGUGCCCCUCUAUGACCUGCUACUUGAGAUGCUGGAUGCUCACCGCCUUCAUGCCCCAGCCAACCGCAUGGGAGUGCCCCCAGAGGAGCCCAGCCAGAGCCAGCUGGCUACCACCAGCACCGCUUCAGCACAUUCCUUACAAACCUACUACAUCCCCCCGGAAGCAGAGGGCUUCCCCAACACGAUCUGAGAGUGCCCAGGCUCCCCCGCAAGGUUCUGCGAAUCCCUGCAACAAUUUACCCAUGUCAUGUAUGACUUUAGCAGAAUUCUGUCUCCUGCAUACACUCUGGCAUGCAUCCACCACCAGUGGCUUUUUAGUAUGAGUAGCCAUUUAUUUGCUUGCUCAGUUUUUAGUGGCAUGUCUUCUGUUGGGAACAGCCAAAAGGGAUUCCGGGGCUAAAUCUUGGUAACAGCUCUCUUUCUCCCUUUGCUACAUUACUAACUAUGAGGAUUCUUAUAGUCUUCAGUCUUCAUGAAUGAAUUGAGAUAACUGCAUUGAAGCUACUCGUUGAGACCCAAGCCUAGAGAGUAAACGUUUCGCCUCUGAUAAGCACUUCACAAUGGCUCCAAGAGUAAGCCUCAGCAAAGACUUCAAAGUGGCUCCUUAAUUGAAGCCAUUGAGAAAGCUGUCUCAUGGGUUCCUUAUAGCACCCUCUUGCAUUCCUAUAGCAACAUGCGACUUUAUUAAAGGGAAAUCUUAAGCCCCUAUAGGAAUACACAAUGCACACAGGAAAGGAAGAUUCCCCCAGUUGUCAAGACCAUGUCAACUUACACACUCCACCUUCUGGCUUCUAAAAGUGACAGCUUCCAAGCAUUAUACACACAUCGUGGAUCUAGACAAUUCUUACUUCCCAUGACUUGUGGGAUCCAGAAAGUCAAUUUCAGUUAACACCCUGGAAUGAAUUAGUCUCCUUGAUGGGGGCUGUAGGGUGUGUUGAUUUCAUUUGAUUUUCAUUUUAUAAUAGCCUUCUGCCUCUGGGGCUUGUAAAGGCAGCCCCGGGGACCUGUUCUGGUGAAUCUAACAUUCUUCAGCACAUAUUCCCUGAUAUGAAUUGCCCUAAAUGGUUAUUCUGUUGAUCAACCAAGGGUAGUCACAAUGACAGUACAAGUUGGUGGUGACACUUUUUUGGUUUAUUUUGUCUUAUUCUUGGGAGCAGGGAGCAAAAAUACUACAUGAGCAAUGACUGUGACUUGGAGGCGUCCAAACAAGAGGAAAGUAAGGGAAAAGUGUGGAGAGUGGCCCAGCCAGGGCAGCAGCGUCCUGGAGGGGUACUUCACAGGUCCCACAAUGCACAGUGAGGCUUCUCUGGGACCCAUGAGCUGGCUUCAUUUACAUUUUAGGUACAAACCUGAUUGGAAGAGAUGACCUCAGAUACCUGUGUUCCUGUAGAUGCUCCAGGAGCUGGGGGAGAGGCAUGCAGGCAAACUCUUGGAGCACUCAUGACUCAAGCUGCUGAUAAAUUGCUCAGACUAGAGUGCUUGAUUAUUCAGAGCUCAUCCACAAACCAGCUCGUGAGGCCUUGGGGAGGAAAAGUCCUUCCUCACCACAGUUCAUGUUCUUAAAUGUCAAACUAGAGAGGAUGAACGACCAGAAUUGGGUCAGGAGAGUUCUUUGAACAAGGGGAUAAAAAGAAAGGCUUACUCUAGCCACAGCCACUCAAGACUUCUGAGGUCUUGGUCUCUCUAGUACAACUAAAGAUUACUUCCUUUACUUAACCAAAAUGAAAGUUCAGUUUCCAUCCCUGACUUCAUGAUCUAUAAUUUGAGCUCCAUUGAGAUAUGAUGGGUUAGCCAAAAUCCUAGGUGAAUGCCUAGGCCUCUCUUGGUCUGUCCUAUUUGGAAUGGUGGGUUCUCCCAGUUAACUGACUACCAAAGAAGUGGGAUACUGGGAGAGCCAAUUUUUCUUCUUCUUUUUCUUUUUUUAAUUUCUUAUUCAUCAAAUUCUGGGACAAUUUUAUGUAUCUGCUUUAAGAACAUGUUUAAGAACCUAACUUUUCUUUGUGUUUGUUUAAGAAGCACCUUACAUAGUAUAAUAUAUAUUUUUGUUGAAAUUUAAUUGCUUGUUUAUCAGACAAUUGAAUGUAAUAGUUCUGUUCUGAGUUUUCAUUUGAUUGGGUUAACAUUGAAAAAAACCAAGGGGAAAAUACUUA